CCACUAGAUGGCCGUGUCUUUCUGUUUGUCGGUGCCAAACCUUUAGAACCCGACAAUUUAUAUCCCGAGAAACUAUUUGCUUUGCCAUUAGACAACCUCUCCAAAAGCAACACCAAGCGGAUUCGGAACACGGAGGGGUUUGGGAUAACGCGGAAAAGAAGCUUUAAACAGACGCGAUGAACCUCGAAAUUUGAUUUGCAUAUCCGGGACAUAUUUUUAUGUCAUACAUUUGGAGGAAAGCUAAUUUUUCUUUUUCAUUUUGGAGAGUUUGCCUGAAGCACAGUAGUGAUGGACCAACAUUAGUCUGCUAGAUAUCGUUGACAUGGGCGGGUUGUUGCGUAAACUGUGACGAGGAGAUGUUAGAGCAUGACCGUCGAACAUCUCUGAAGUUUUAUUUCAAUUUAUUGGAUCAUAUAAAAGACAACAUUUCUAUCGCGCUGUUAAAACAACAUCCAGCUGAGUGGAAUAACACCUUUCAGAAAUCGGUCACCUAAUGGAUAUCAGUGGGAUCCAGAGAAACUUCUGCAUUUGAAUUGUCACGAUCGACUCCAGCAGUUUCCCACCUUCGGAUUUCAGGUUUAGUAUGGCUCUGUUGAGAUUUGCCAGACACUUUAUAUACAUCACAUGGCUGGGUUUCUUAUGGAGGAGUUCAGCAGAUCAGCCCCGCCUGACAGACCACCUCCACUCUGCCGUUGGACUCUCUGAACUGUGUGGUAUCGAUGAGAUUCUUUGCCAGGAUGAAAAUGCUCUGCUGAGUUUUGAGGCCAUCCGCAGCAUUCACAAAGACAUGGACGACGAUGCAGACGGUAGUGUGGACGUGACAGAGACGGAUGGGUUCCUAAGGGAAGACCUAAAGUACCACGACCCUAAAGGAAAACACAACAGUUUCCACAGAGCAGAUCUGCUGAUCACAGUGGAGGACAUGUGGAACUCCUGGAAGGCCUCUGAAGUUUAUAACUGGACAGUGGAAGAAGCAGAGGAGUGGCUCACCAGUUUUGUGGAGUUACCGCAGUAUGUUGAUUCCUUCAGAAAGAACGUCAUCAGUGGCAAAGAUUUGCCUAGACUUGCAGUAAAAAAUGCUACCCUACUUGUGUCUGUGCUAAAGAUACCAGACCGCAGUCAUGCACAGAAACUGCAGCUGAAGGCUCUGGACACUGUGCUUUUUGGACCUCCAGUGAGCAGACACAGUCACCUGAAGGACUUGAUGCUGGUGGUGUCCAUCAUCAUUGGCGUUGGAGGCUGCUGGUUCGCCUACAUCCAGAACCGGAAUUAUAGGGACCACAUGGGCAAGAUGAUCAAGGACCUGGACGGCCUUCAGAGAGCCGAGCAGAGCCUGCUGGACAUGCAGCAGAAGCUGCAGAUCGCACAGGAGGAGCAUCACACGGUGGAGGAAGAGAAGGUGAACCUGGAGCGAGAGAUGCGGAGCGAGAUUGAAGCAGCCAAGGAGGAGGCGCAGAGACUCCGAGAGCUGCGUGAAGGAACGGAGAACGAGCUGAGCAGACGGAAAUAUGCAGAGCAGGAGCUGGAUCAGGUGCGGAUGGCUCUGAAGAAGGCCGAGAGGGAGCUGGAGUUGAGGAGCGGCUGGUCUCCUCCUGAUGCUCUGCAGAAGUGGCUGCAGCUCACACAUGAGGUGGAGGUGCAGUACUACAACAUUAAGAAACAGAGCGCAGAAAGACAGCUCAUAGUUGCUAAAGAAGGGGCCGAGAAGAUCAAGAAGAAGCGAGCAUCUAUAUUUGGGACAUUCCAUGUGGCCCACAGCUCCUCACUGGAUGAUGUUGAUCACAAAAUCCUCUCAGCCAAAAAGGCUCUGGGAGAAGUGACGGCAGCUCUGAGAGAAAAGCUCCAUCGGUGGCAGCAAAUUGAGUCUCUGACGAACUUUAAUAUCGUCAACAACCCAGGCAUGUCAUCUCUGGCCGCUGCCCUCAAUGUGGACCCUGCUUUUCUAGGCAUCCGCCCCUCAACACCUCAACAUCUCCUGCUAUCUGAUGACCUGGAUGACAUGGAUGAAGACAUACUCUCCCCUGGAACCCUGCAGUAUGCCGCCUGGCAGAUGGAUCGGCGAGUGAGUGACCUUUGGCCCGUGACUUCCGAGAGCCAAUCCCUGUGGAAACAUUCCGCCCCCAGUCUGAUGUCUCUGCGUCCGCGACACGGAGAGGCGCUGCUGAACCUGAGCUCUCAGAGGGAUCUGAACCGCUCCGAAUCUGACUCGUCUCUCUCCAUGUCUCAGUACGGAGACGGCCAUCGCUGCUCCUCAACUCCCCUCUACAAUAAACCGUCCCGAUCCAACGGCGGCUCCUCCACUGACAGCCCUCUGCUUCAGAAGAAGAGCUUCGGCAUGGAGAAGUGCGCUAGCCUGGGAGAGAUCAACUCGCAGCCCUCAAGCCUGAUCUCCGGCGACUCCCUGCACUCCCUCAACUUCACCUCUGAGCAGGACACCCUGUCUCGAGCUGGCAUCCGCGUGUCCCAUAUCGCCAGCAGGAGGAGCCUAGUGGAUGAGGACAAUGGCUCCACUGGAGAAGACACUGAGGGCUCCGGCUCAGGACGCAAGAAACAUGGCUUUCCUAAAAUCUUCCGGAGGCCUAAGAAAUAAACAGGAAAGGACCAGUCGUGUGCUACAUUUGGAGAAGGGUUUGGUAGGAAGGUGUAAUUUAUGUGGAUUGUUUUUAGGUUUAUUCUUUUUUUCUUGGUGUAUUUGUGUCGACCAACGGCAGCAGAAACAGGCAUUUGUUGGGAACAGGUAUGAUAUCACUGUAUGUUUAUUUAUUUACUUCAGAAAAUAAGGGCGCCAGCUUAUGGAAGCUUGUUUCUGUCAUGGAAAUCAAUUUUCUCACAUGAUUCAGAUUUUUUUACUCUGAGCUGUGAGUUUAUAUUUCAUAUUUCAAUUUUUGUUUCUGUCAAAUAAUAUGCGACCCUGGUCAUAGGGCUCUGUUUUUGGAUAUUGAGAUGUAUGCAUCUUCUGAAAGCUGGAAGAAUGAGCUUUCCAUUGAUUUAUGAUUUAGGAUACGACUAGGCAUAGGACGAUGACCGCUUUAAAGGCUUACCGCAGUUACAAGAAGUACCUCCAAAAUUUGAUGUUAUACCGUUUUACCAGUACACUACCUGACAGGUCUUGUUGUCGAUGCCAGUUGUAAGCGCAACAAAUAAUAACUUAACUUCUAGUUGAUCAUUUGAAAAGAAGGCAGAAGGUCAAUCCCAAUCAUCACAAAUACUGCAGAAGACUUAAUGGAAUCCACAUGGACCCAAGAUUCUCAUAGAAAUCAGUCAAGUUUGGUGCAGGUAAAGUCAUGGUUUGG